CCGGCGACUCCCACGCUCCUCAUGAGGGCCGGCGCCUCUACGGGAAUGCUGACGCUCGAGGAGGUGUUAGCCGACCCGGUCAACCUAAACUACUUCAAGCGCUUCUGCAUGAGCGAGAUGUCCACCGAGAACCUCCUCUUCUGGCUCGAGGUCCAAGAGUACCGCUCAAUCAAGGCCCCGGAUUACCGAGGCUUUGUGGCACGCAAGGUCUAUCGCAAAUACAUCAAGCAGGGCGCGCCGCAGCAGAUAGGGCUCGGUCAGGCGGCGGUGGACGAGAUCCGCGCUGCGAUUGAGCACGGGUCGUCGGCGGAUGGGGGCGCGAGCCGGGGCGCAGUUUACUCUGCGGCGCUGUUCGACGUGGUGCAAGCGUCGGUGAUGAGCACGAUGCGGAUGGACAUCUUUCCGCGCUUCAUCGAGUCGCCAGACUACCGCGCGCUGCAGGCGCUGCACAGCGACGACAGGCACGUCGUCGGGAUUCGCGACUUUGACCUCCACCGCUUCCUGGGUGCGGGCGGCUUUGGCAUGGUGCUGCUGGCGAGGCAGCGCGAGAGCAAGCGCAUGUACGCGGUCAAGGUGAUCGACAAGCGCAUCCUCAUCUCGCAGAACCAGACGCACUCGAUCUUCCGCGAGAAGGAGGUGCUCGCGAGCGUGGAGCACCCCUUCAUCGUGCCUCUCCGCUUCGCCUUCCAGACCGAGGACCACCUCUGCUUUGUGCUCGACUACAUCGCGGGCGGCAACAUGUACUCGGACCUCCUCCGCGGGCCGUACACGCACGCACGCGCCGUCUUCUACGCCGCGCAGAUCGUCCUCGCCACCCACCACCUUCAUGAGCUCGACAUCCUCUACCGCGACCUCAAGCCGGACAACGUGCUCCUCACGCUCGACGGCUACGUCAAGCUCGCCGACAUGGGCGCGGCGCGCGGUGUCGCCGAGAACGGCAGCAUCAGCAUCAACAACGGGUCGACCACGUCGUGCGACAAGACCGCCAAGGCCGGCGCCCCCACGCUGCGCCGCCGCAUGACCAUCACGGGCACGCACGGCUACCGCGCGCCAGAGGUGUACGACCGCGACUACGGCAAGGAGGCCGACUGGUGGAACGUGGGCAUCCUGAUCAUCGAGAUGCUGACCGCCGAGAACCCCUUCCGCGGUAGCAACCGCAAGGAGAGCGAGCAGCUCACCAAGCACAAGCCGCUCGCGCUGCCCAGCUACAUUCAGCCGGACGCGUGCGACUUGGCCUCGCGGCUGCUCCAGCGCGACCGGAGCCGGCGGUGCGGCUGCGGCGAGCGGGGGGUGGCGGAGGUGUAUGAGCACCCCUUCUUCGCCUCGAUCGACUGGGAGGGGCUGCUCGCGAUGGAGGUCCGGCCGCCCUUCGAGCCGGACAUGGACACGACGCCUCCGGCGCGGCAGCAGAUCCCAAAGGCGUACGAGGGGAGCGAGCUAGACUACUUUUGCCAGAUGGUCGACUACCUAAAGACGUCCCUCUCCAUGCGCAACUCCUUCCCGCUGGCGGCGCACGAUCAGCGCGCCUUCGACGGCUUCGACCACGUCUCCUACCAGGUCUUCGAGCAGGAGCUGCGCGAGUCGCAGGUGGAUGACUCCAACCCGUUUGGCUUCUGAGAGGCCGUACGGCUGCAGCGCGCUGCCACAUAUUUGUUCAUGAGCGACGCGCUUGGGAUGCGAGGCGUACUGCCGUGCAGGCAGCAUGCGAUGAGCGCGUAAGCGAUGCUAUUUGGCGCACGAGACAGCGUGUGUUUGCGUGACCCCACCGACGGUCGUAGUUUGAUUCCUCGUGUGUCUCCCCUCCUCCCCCUUCCUCCACAGCAUGUCCUGUAUGCAGCAUCCCUCUUGUGCUCAUGUGCACUGUGUGUGCGCGGGGGGAGUUGCCGGCUGUGCCAGACAGUCGUCUCGCCGUGAGAUAGUCUGCGUGCGAUGUGUGGCGUUCAUGAUUGUGACGUCGGUGUAGAUCUAAAUGAGACCGCCUGGGAGCUGAGAGUAUAUAAUCGACAUGCCUGUUUU